AUGUCUGAGGAGGCUGCUGACGUCGCCGCUGAUCUUCCGGCUGAUGUCCCCCAGUUCUCCUUCAAGAAGCGCUCUGCGAAGGCCAAGUCGACCUUUCGCAAGAAGCCCGAUUCGCCGCCGCCCGCGUCCGACUCAGACUCGGACUUCACCUCAUCAGACGACGAGGAAGGCCGCCGCAUCAAGCGACGACGGAAGAAUGCCGCAGUGACGGCAUCCUCUGCGUCGAAUCAGCCCCAUGCGAGAGAUGCAGACACAACAGCGAACACGACCGCCGCGCCCCUGGUCACGACGAACGAUGCGACCAAGCACUCGAACUGGCACGAGGAGGAGGAACUGAGCGCGAAGAAUCUGCUGGGCAAAACACGGGCCCAGCCGGACGCCAAAUCGGAUUCGGCCCCAGACGGCACAUACAAGGGCGCUGCCAAUUACCAGUCCUUCAUUCAGAAGAACCCCAAUGCUCCCACGAAGCAGGUCGGGCCGAUGAAGGCUCCCACGAAUAUUCGCACCAUCACCGUCACAGACUAUGCCCCGGAUGUCUGCAAGGAUUGGAAGCUGACGGGGUUCUGUGGGUUCGGCGACACGUGCAAGUUCCUGCACGCGCGUGAAGACUACAAGCAGGGCUGGGAGUUGGACCGCGACUGGGAGAUUGCCACCAAGGGCAAGAAGCUGGAGGGCCAGACGGUCGCGUCGCAGAACAAGGGCGCCAAGACGGCCGAGCACAACGAGGACUCGGACGACGAGGAGAUGCUCGAGAACAUCCCGUUUGCCUGCAUCAUCUGCAAGAAGUCGUACACGAACCCGAUCGUCACCAAGUGCGGCCACUACUUCUGCGAGUCGUGCGCCCUGCAGCGGUACCGGAAGAACCCGGCGUGUGCGGCCUGCGGAGCGGGCACCGGCGGGGUGUUCAAUGUGGCCAAGAAGCUGAAUAAACUGCUCGAGAAGAAGCGCGAGCGGGCCAGAAAGCGCCGUGAGCAGGCCAUCGCCGCGGGCGAAGAAGUCAGCAGCGAAGAGGAAGAAGAGACUGAGGACUGA